UGUUCCUUACUUAUUCUGUGAUCAAGUGUUAUGGCUGCCGUUUGUGCUCGUAAAUAGAAAAUUGUAAAAUUAGUUUAGCCUGACUGUGAUUUUACCCUUAAUGUUAGUUAUUUAGUUUUCAUUCCAAUUAUGGGAUCACUGGGUUAACGGUGGUGUUUCUUCUGGAGUAGUCCACGAGUUUGGGUGCCCCAGCUUGCGCGGCUCUUCGGCAGGCACUCCCCGACGCUGCUGAAGGCCUGGUCCCGCCAUGGCUCAAGUAGGGGCUAAUAUGGAAUACCAGGAAUACAAGUGGGCCUACUCAAUCAUGGACUCCUCCAAGGUAUCGGCGUGUCUCAUAUCCAUGCUGCUGAUCGUGUACGGCAGCUUCCGCUCGCUGAACAUGGAGCGGGAGGCGCGCGAGCGGGCCGAGCGCGAGAAGGAGGCCUCGCUGCUGGGCGGCAAGCCCGCGCCCGCCGCGCACGCUAGUAACGUGCAGACGCUCAACACGAUGCAGGCGCUGUGCUUCCCGCUCGGCUCCUCCGUGGCGCUGCUCGUCAUGUUCUUCUUCUUCGACUCCAUGCAGACGCUGGUCGCCAUUUGUACUGCCAUAAUAGCGUGCGCGGCCCUAGCCUUCCUCCUAACCCCUCUGUGCCAGUACGUGAGCGGCGGCGCGCGCGCGGCGGUGUGCGGGCGCUACUCGGGGCCGGAGCUGGCGGCCACGCUGCUGGCCGCCGCCAUCGUGGCCGUGUGGGUGCUCACCGGACACUGGCUGCUUAUGGACGCGAUGGGCAUGGGCCUCUGCGUAACGUUCAUCGCGCUCAUCCGGCUGCCGUCGCUGAAGGUGUCCACGCUGCUCCUCACCGGCCUGCUGCUGUACGACGUGUUCUGGGUCUUCUUCUCCGAGUACAUCUUCACCACUAAUGUCAUGGUCAAAGUGGCCACUAGGCCCGCAGAGAACCCGAUGAACGUGGUGGCGCGGCGGCUGCAGCUGGGCGGCGCCAUGCGCGACGCGCCCAAGCUGUCCCUCCCCGCCAAGCUGGUGUUCCCCUCCAUGCACCACCAGGGACACUUCUCCAUGCUCGGUCUGGGAGACAUCGUAAUGCCGGGCCUGCUCCUCUGCUUCGUGCUGCGCUACGACGCGUACAAGAAGGCCACGCUCGUGUGCCAGAUGGGGCAGGUGCCCGGCCCGAGGUCUAUGAGUUCCCGCCUCACGUACUUCCACUGCUCGCUGCUGGGCUACUUCCUCGGGCUGCUCACGGCCACGGUGAGCGCGGAGGUGUUCAAGGCGGCGCAGCCCGCGCUGCUGUACCUCGUGCCGUUCACGCUGCUGCCGCUGCUCACCAUGGCCUAUGUUAAGGGCGAUCUCAGAAGAAUGUGGAGCGAGCCGUUCAUCCCGCCGUCGGGCAAGGCGGGCGCGGACUUCGACGUGUGACUGUGUUGAACUGUACCGUCACAGUGAGAACAUCCUGUAUACUCGUCGCGCACGGAGACUAGAACCACCGUCUUGAAUGCACCGGCCGUCGGCUCCUCGCUUGUUCCUAGUCUGUAAGAGUAACGUUUUAUUUCUUAUGUUCUAUCAGAAUGCAGAGCAUAUAACAAACUCAAAGUGAAAACUAAGUUGCUAAAAGGUGGCGGAGUGUGGGAAGAGAUCUUGUUUUCGUUGGCUCGUUCGAAUCCACAUAAACAACUUUGAUUUCAACACUACCGCAUGUACCAAAGACAGUACUUUGGAGUGUCGACGCAUUGGCUAAAGAAACCAUAAUAUAGGCGAAUGCGUAUCUCUGUGUACUGUAAUUGCCUUCAGGGAUUGCCUAGAACAAAUGUAUACUCACAGGCUGGUCUGUAAACUUGUAACUCUCAAAGGCACUCUGUUUUAAAGAUUUAAAAAGUCUGAUGCACGGCGCUCGGUAAGCCGCUUAUGAACCGCGUAAGGCGUCCUGCCUCACGACAAUGUAUUACUCUAGCAUUUAAUGACUCUGAAGUGAAAAACUUACAUGGUAUAGGUAUGUCAAAAAAGUAAUAAUAAAUCAUUCGUCUCAAAAACUAGUGCUGUUCUGUGUGCAUGAAGGUAAUAAAUAACAAAAUACACCAAGUGUAUUAAUAGUAGCAACUAUAUUGUUUACAACUUUUUAGCUCAUUUUACUAUCCUUCAUUUUUGAUAUAGGGAUGAGCGAGAGCAAACGCUUAUAAUAACCGUGCAUGUCAUAGUGUUGGUAUCCAAUGUGAAUUGAUGUGUUUAUGUUAAAAUAAACGUAAGAUGUAUACUAGGUUAGUCGUAUGAUUCUACGUUUUAUGCUUUUUUAAGACGAUUGAUAUUAAAUUUUCAAGUUACAAUGCAGGGUGACGUUGGAAACUUGUAAUCAGUUUUAUUGCAAUGCAAUUACCCUAAAUCGAGCACUGUGCUAUAAGCUCCUAUGUAAUGUAACAUUUUCUCAACAUUUAACUGGCAAGUGCCAAAUAAUAUCUCCAUGCCCUGUGUAAUUUUACACGUUUUUUUAAUUCUGAGGCUGAAAAUUUUAUUGUAUUGUAUGAGGCUGUCAGGUAGCCGCACAGUGCAUGAGACGGGAGUAUGGGGACAA